AUGGAUUCGAUCAAGAUUUUCAUGUGUUUUACCACACUCCUGUUUGCAUAUGCACAAGCAGCAACAUUAGCCGCGGAGUCGCCGCCGAUUAUCUUGACCCCAACUCCGGCCCCGGCACCAGCACCCGACUACGUUAACCUCACCGAGCUCCUGAGCGUCGCCGGCCCUUUCUCUACCUUCCUUAAGUACCUUGAAUCAACCAAAGUCAUCGAAACCCUACAAAAUCAAGCCAACAACACAGAAGAAGGAAUCACUCUGUUUGUACCCAAAGACAAAGCAUUUACUUCCCUGAAAAAACCCUCCCUCUCAAACCUCACCGCCGACCAACUCAAACAGCUCUGUCUUUUCCACGCGCUGCCACAUUACUACUCGCUUUCAGACUUCAAGAAUCUUAGCGGCGCCGGCCCUGUUAACACGCUCGCCGGAGGUCAGUACACGCUGAACUUCACAGAUACCUCCGGCACCGUUCGUAUUGGAUCCGGUUGGACUAACACAAAAGUGAGCAGCAGUGUGCAUUCGACGGAUCCUGUUGCCAUUUACCAGGUGGACUGGGUGCUCCUUCCUGAAGCCAUUUUCGGAACUGAUAUUCCUCCUCCAGCACCUGCUCCGGCACCGGUGCCAGAUAUUGCUCCGGUUGCUGAUGCUCCAGAAGCAGAUGGUGCGAAAGGAAAGGGAAAGGCUGCGAGUUCAUCAUCGCCUUCCUCUUCUGACCGGAUUAUAGGGUGGAGCGUGUGGAGGUGCGUGAUGAUGGUGGUUGUUUCCGUUGGAUUUGCGGUGGUGUUGUAA